AUGUCGGGUUUCGAAAUCGCUGGCGUGGUCCUUGGGCUUUUCCCAAUCGUAUGCGAUACCGCCAAAGACCUACGUGGUGUUUUUCAUGAUGCUCAGUCAUGGUGGCGUUUCGAAAGGGAAUUUGAAGACUUUAUCCUGGAAAUUGAGAAACAGCAAAUCGCCUAUUCUCCAAUACUUGAGAUCUUAUUCGAUCCGCUUCACCAACUUUCACUAACGGACCGUGAGGCUCUCGAAAGCAAUCCCAACUCGCCUCUUUGGUAUGAUCUCCGCAUCCAGGCAGUGCUGAAAGAUCGAAUUUGUCAAAAAUACACAGGAUGGUUCAUGACGCAACUGGGAGACAUUAAUGAUGCUUUGAAAGAACUGCUUGGUUUGCUACCUAUAGAAAAGGCUUAUCAUUUGGAUAGUAGCAGUUUGGAAAGCACCAUGUUUCGAAUUAAGACAAGUUUCUCUCACAGAAAGAACGAGCUCCUCGCCAGAAUCGAAGCCAGAAACAAAGAUCUAUACGAGUUCCUCGAGAGGGCUUCCCAUGUCCAGGAGUCCCGGGUUUCUACGAAAGCAGCACCAAGAGGCAGCGCAAAGAUCGUAUCAUCCUUUCUCGAAUUUCAGGACCAGGCCAGAACCAUUUUCAGUGGCUUUCAACGACACUGGGCCUGUAGCUGCAAUUGCAACGGCCUUCAUUUGUGUAGCAUCUCUGCACAAGGGUCGGAUCUGAAAGCGCUCUUUGAUAACGGCACAGAGGCCAGACACGUCAAAGUUGAGGUUGAAGUCAAAGGAAAGGUUGCAGACGUGGAGGAGGACGCAAAUGCCGCAACAAGCCAAGAGGAUGUGGACAAUUUGAGACACCAAGUUGCUAUCAAGAACAAAUCCAAGAGGUUACGAGACCAAGGUCCAAAGAGUCUCGUGAAACUCAUAGCGUCAAGUCUUUCGGCGUUUUCAAAUCCGGCAGCGGUGAAGACUGGGAAUGACUGCGAAAAAGGACUCGAAAGACCCACUGAGAAACUCAAGAAGAGCUUCAAACGACAAACAGUCCGAUUCGAUUCACCUCCACCGCCGAUUGUCACGACUGCAGCACUUCCUCCCACACCUAGCCGUUGCGACCAAGCAAUUGAUGACGUAUGCCUGGCAAUCAAGAAACAAACCGAAGAAUCUUGCCUCGGUUUUUUGAAGCUGCCAGGUGAGAACUUGUUCUUACAUGUUGAUCCACCAGGGCAUGUACAGCUUCUCAAGAAACAGACCCUCGAUGAAUUCAUGAAUGCCACACCACGAAGAGCCUCCCGGCUUGAGCUAGGUAUGGCAGUUGCCACAACAGUUCUAAAGCUUGGUCCAUCAUGGGUCCCAGAAAGCUGGCAGAAGUCCUCGCUCGUCAUACUACAAACUUCCGAUUCUGUCCCACAGCCUUGCAUUUCGCAUCCAUCGAUCCAGACAGCUUCACCAUCAUCCUCAGCAAAGACAAAAGCGACCCUCCUCGCCCUUGGCAUCAUGCUAUUGGAGUUGCUCUUUUGCGACACGCUCGAGCGCCAGCCGUUUCGAGCAGAUUAUUUGGGUAACGGUGGACAGCCCAACGAUAUGACGGACUUUUGCACUGCGAUGAAAUGGCAGAAAAUGGUAGAGCAGGAUUUUGGGGACAAACUUGCCCAUGCCAUUGAGAGCUGUGUGAAAUGUGCUUUCGAACCAGUGGCGGAUCUGGGUAGCUUAGCAUUUGUACAGGCUGCCCAAAUAUGGACGCUCCAGGGGAGAAGAGCCUGCAGCAUCAGGUUGCAUGCUUUAGUUGCCGCGCAUCCAGACAGAAAUGCGAUCGCCAAGACCCAUGUUCUCGUUGUUCUAUGCAUGAUCGGUAAACCGGAUAGCGUGGACAAACUCCUCGCUCGCAUCGAGGAAAGUGGUGCUCGGGAGGAAAUCAUUGCAGCCCUUCUGAACACCGGUCUUCCAAGUCCGAACAAAACUGUUUCCAUACGGGGAACACCUUGGACCCAAGCUCAGGAUAGUCGCGACACUUCUCAACCACGACCAGACACACCGGAAGAGGAUGACGAUGAAAAGCCUGAAGACUUAAUCUCGCCACUUAGUAUUGUUACUACUGCUAUUGCGACGAAUACUUCUGCCCAGUGUGAGAAGCUCAGAUCGCAGAUGCCGAUGCAGCCCGGUAUGAGAGAGGCUAUCAUGGCGCCGAUCAAGGAGAGACUUGGUGCUUAUUUCUCUUCGCAAAGAGAACAACAGAAGGACUGGGAUAUUCUUGCGGCGCAAUCGGUUGAUUGUCCAUUCAAAUUGGAAAAGGCUACAUGCGAUCCACUUGCCUCGCGGCUGAUCGAUGAAAGCGAUGCAACUGUGUAUUUCCAACUUUUCUUUCAAACUCGAAACCCACUAGUAGGUCUUCUCGACGCGACAUUACACACAUUCGAAUACGUCUACGCCAACUCAUUUACUCUAUUCUCUGUCAUCUGCGCUCUCGGCUGUGCUAUGUCGGCACGUCCUCGAGAUAGAGCCAUCUAUCCAGUUCUGAUAAACCUAGCCACCGGUAACGUCAAGUGGUCUAUCGCGGCUGCGGUCAAAUCCCUCUCAACUAUUCAAGCUAUCGUCAACAUGCAAUACUGGGCACCAGUGUCUCCGAGACAAGUAGACGACACGUCUUCGAUAUCUCUCAACCAUGCAAUCCAAUUAGCCAGAGAGAUGGGGAUCGACAGAGCAGAUGCCAUAAGAGAAUACGUCAACUCAGAAUGCGAGGACCAAUCCCCCGAAUUCAAAAGACGAUGUAUCCGCAACUACGAAAGGACUUGGCUUAGGACUCUUAUAGCUGACAAAGGCUUCGGUAUCAUGAACGGAAGACUCAAUUCGGUGAAUUACAAAGACAUUCCUCGCUCCGCGACAGAAUGGUGGAAAUCGUCUUUGGCAGAACCUACGGACAGGAUGUUGAGCGGGAUUAUCGAGAUUCGAAGAUUGCUGCUGAGUCAAGUCGACAAACGAAAACAAACCUCCACACCAACACCGUCUUCCAUUCUCGAAUGGCACAAAGGAGCCUACGACAACUUAACUCGCCUCCGUAACGAGCGUUGCACGCCAGAUGGAUCCCCAUCUGCAAAGUCACUCCCAGCCCUCGCAUUUUAUAUGGAUCACAGCAUCUUAGUGCUCAACGCCCAGGCCAUUCGAGAUAUAGACGGCGCCGUUGCGAUUGACAAUAGUGCAUCAGAAGCCCUGCUAAAUAUCGAAAGAAAGUCUAUCGAGGCUGUAAAACGAGGCGCCCUAACUUCCGAAGAGAUUUCCGCCGCCGCAGAGAAAGUCAUUGGCGUCAUCCCCCUUCUCGACAACAUAGUCCAACUCCUCCCCUCAUCAUCAGCAGCCCAUCUAUACUUCGACCUAGCGCGCUUCUUCGCGUGUCAAAUCGAUUCGUUAAUGGGCGCAUCUGAUCCCCAGGAGACGCGUGAGACGAUUGACUCGGGCAUGUUUACAAAUGACUGGUUCAAGUCUAUGGAUAUGGGGAUGCCGGAUGUUUAUACCAUGUUGGAUAUGGGAUAUCUGGGCAUGGAUUCGAUGAUGGCCGAUACGGAUAACCUUCUUGGAUUGGAUGAUUUGGGAAAUAUUGGUUAG